AAGGCCAUUGUGUCAGACCUUGGCCUUAACAAUGAGUCCUUACCUGCUGCUUGGGCACCUCCUCUGGGACACACCAGAGUCUGUCCUUCCUCCCUACAUGGGACUUUGACCCCCCAGGUGACCUCAGAAGUGAGUCAAGAGUCCCUCUCUCUUCUGCCUCUGUCGUGGGAUUUUUGACUGGGAGGCCAAGCAGCUGGGCUGGGCAACCCCCUAGAACACCCUCCUUUAUCUCGAGAGUAGAGGUCUUCCUCUCCUGUCUGGUCUGGUACCUCCCCACCAGUGCCCGCUGCCCUGCCUCAGGCUUGGGGUGGCCCAAGCACCGGAUCUGGAGCUGGUUAGCUUUUGGAAAAAAAAAGCAAUGUGGAAACACCACCCACCCACUUCCCAAAGCCUGAGUGGAAUGAAUGAACAAGUCGUGGGAGGCCCAGCCGUCCCCCCGCCUCCCCCCAACUCAGGGCUCUUCACUCCAUUUAAAACCACACUGGUGGCCUUUUCUCUGAUGAUAACAGCAGUUUGGAAAACUUGGGGAAGUUCAAAAAGUAAAGUAAAAAUACCCGCACAUUCCACCGAGAACAGCUCCUGCUAAUAACAUACGGUGAACAGCCAGUGGGCACUUUCCAAGUGCCCAGGAGGUACUUCUGUUAUCCCCAAAGCACAGAUGGGGAAAGUAAGGCCCGGGUGUGGAUGUAAGCCUUGGAUGGGGGUUCCCCGAGGAGUUGCUAGCCCAGCACUACUGGACCCUCACUGUGUUCCUGGCACAUGGCAGGUGUCUCUCUGGAUCUGUUGGGAAGGGGCCAGGACAGCUGGGAUCGCUCCCUGCCUUGAGUAUUGGCUGUAUUUCCCCAAAGGGUUCUGUCUUCCACCUGUCUUCCUCACCCGGCCUGUCCCCUGGGAACCUCUUCACCCUCCAGCCUCAGGAGCCUGCCGGGGCUCUCCCCUCCCCUGGCUCUCUGCUCUUGGGAAGCAGGGACCAAGCAGCUAUACUCCCAGUGCGGUGGCGCAGAAAACACGACUUGACUUAGGGCCAAGGCUCCUGAGGGCUGAGCAGUGUCCCCACGCUCGCUCCUGAGACACUCUGUCCCUUCGCCAUUCAGAAAGCAUCAUUUCAGGGAAGGCCAGUGGCGGCUGGGUUUCAGAAGCCGCAGCCAGAACGGCCCCGUCAGCUGCCGAGCAGGGCUGGUUGGAAGGCCUCAGGCACAGCCGCAGAGCCACCCGUGCGCCCUGCCUCGUCCUCAUGGCCUACCUGAGCCCCUCACAGCUCCAGAAGUUUCGGGAGGAUGGAUUCCUGGUGCUGGAAGGAUUCUGGUCUGCUGACGAGUGUGUGGCCAUGCAACGGAGGAUUGGCGAGAUACUGGCUGAGAUGGAUGUCCCUCUCCACUGUCGCACGGAAUUUUCCACCCAGGAGGAGGAGCAGCUGAGAGCCCAGGGCAGCACAGACUAUUUCUUGAGCAGCGGCGACAAGAUUCGGUUCUUCUUUGAGAAAGGCGUCUUUGAUGAGAAAGGAAAUUUCCUGGUCCCUCCGGAGAAAUCCAUCAACAAAAUUGGCCAUGCUCUGCACGCCCAUGACCCUGUCUUCAGGUGUGUCACACACUCCCCCAAGGUGCAGGCUUUGGCCAGAAGUCUGGGCCUCCGGAUGCCUGUGGUGGUGCAGAGCAUGUAUAUCUUUAAGUCUCCCCUCACCAGGACGCCUCCUUCCUGUAUACGGAGCCUCUGGGCCGGGUGCUGGGCGUGUGGAUUGCUUUGGAAGAUGCCACGCUGGAGAAUGGCUGCCUCUGGUUCAUCCCUGGCUCCCACACAGGUGGAGUGUCGAGAAGGAUGGUCCGGGCCCCUGCUGGCUCGGCGCCUGGCACCAGCUUCCUUGGGACCGAGCCAGCCCGGGAUAACAGCCUCUUUGUGCCCACACCGGUGCGGAGAGGUAGGGGGUGUGCAGAGGGGCCCGGAGGCCAUGCCUGGGGGUCUGUGCUUGCUCUGACCAGCCAGCUCACCUGAGGGCUGGCAAGUCACCGCAUGAGGGAAGGUAGGGCUGGGUGGGCACUGGGAGGUCUGAAAGGUGUGUGGUUGACAGCAGGGUCUCCCAGAUCAGGCUGGAAUCCAGACCCUGCUACUUCCCAGCUGUCUCUGUGAGCAAAUGACUGAACCUCUCUGAGCCUCAGUUUCCCCAAACAUAAAGUAGGGAAGCCAGUGAGAUGUCAUAUGUAAGAUGGUGCACCACAAGUGCUCACAAAUCCUGGCUGUCAGCACACCCUUCCUUUUAGAAAAGGGAAACUGAGCCCCAACUCUGCAUUCCCGGCUGAGGCCCCAGCUGGCUGGCAUGGGACAGAGAGCUUCUGUCUGGUUCUGCAAAUGCCAUGGAGGUGGAUGCCCUUGCUGAGGCUUGCCAAGGGCACGGGCCACAGCGGAAGGGACUUGACCCCAGGGGAACCCAUGUCCAACAGCACAGCCUCCGAUGCUGGGGCAGACUCCAGGCCCCUGAGCGUCCGGGGAUGGGAAUGGGGAUGAAUAGCCCACGACACCGCUUAAGGGAGGGGGUGCCCACCAUGUCCCUUCCUGCCUCGAGUGCGCUUUUGACUCGCUGUGUCCCUGCCAGGGGCCCUCAUCCUAAUCCACGGAGAAGUGGUGCACAAAAGUGAGCAGAAUUUCUCCGACUGCUCACGCCAGGCCUAUACUUUCCACCUCAUGGAGGCUGCUGGCACGGUCUGGAGCCCAGAUAACUG